AUGGGUAACAGUGAUAGUAAGAGUAAGUUUCGUGAGAGUGUAUACAAGCUCAAUAACGAGGUCAUUAGUAGUAAGAAUCUUGAUUUUUGGGAUAAAUUAUGGCGUAUACCUACCGUUGCCGAAGAGAUUUUCACUCUCAUUCAACCCGAUGAUGUCCGUAUGUUACGUCAUCAACAGCCUGAAAACCUUGCGACCAUGUUAAAACAAGCCGUAUCUCAAUUGGUUCAAAUUGUUGAUACACCAGUUCCUAAAUAUUAUCAACAAGCACUUAAUUGUGUCCGUGUCUUAACUCGUCUUGUUCCAUUUAUUUUAGAAGAAACUGGUGAUGCAUUUGGAGAAGAAUUAUUCUGGAAAGUAGAAGAAAAAGAAAAAGAAGAAGAAGAAGAGGAGGAGGAGGAGGAGAAGAAGAAGGAGGAGGAGGAGGAGGAGAAGAAGGAGAAGAAGAAAAGUGGUGGUGUCUCAUUAGCUACACAAAUGAUACAUGCGAUCAUGGGUUUACUCUUUUUACCAGAGUUUACAAUCUCUAUUCAUGCUUAUAAAGGAUAUGGAGAAGAAAGACGGAGUGCUACAAGAAGUGGACAAACGACGACUAGUAGUAAUAAUGAUGAUGCUACUGGAUUGAUGGUAUUUCCAUCUUUAUUAUGGCAUGCAGGGGUUGGAUAUCCAGAUGCAAAUGUCGUUAAUUCAUCUACGUAUGAUAAAAACCGACGAGAAGUGUUAGCGUUGUUAUUAACGUGUUUUUCAAGUAUUUUGUACCAAACAGCCGAAACGUGUAAUCAGUGGAAAGAUCGAUUCUUGGAAGUUGCUACGGCACCGGAAUGUCCAUUUGUACCGACAUUGUUUUAUUCCUUGCUGAAUAUUGCAAUUUCAUAUGAUCCAGUGGGCUGGGGAGUCCCGUAUGCUGGAUCCAUUGUCUCGGAUGACCGUGAAUUACUCGUGGACUUGUCGCUGCAAGUCCUUCUUGUGUUACUAGACUUUGGACAAACGACGGAAAGAAAUCUGACGGCCACGUCGAAACCACAACCAGGAAGCUUGACUCCGUCAGCUAAACGUCGUUCAUCCUCGGCGGCAUUGAAAAUAUCGAAUCCCGUAUUUGACGGUGUACCGAACGCUUAUCGGAGUUUACUGUCAUCACUACAGAGACCAGAAGACUUUAAUCUUAUUUUUACAGGCCUUUCGCGUCUGUUGAACAACUAUCAUCAGUCCAUGAGCACGUUGCUGCCAAAUUCAAUCAAACAGAUCAAAUGUCAUCAGGAGUUGCUCGUGUUGUUGUGGAAAAUGCUUGACGAGAACACAGAGUUUUUGCACUAUGUGCUAAAGAAGGCGGAUGUAAACCAGCUCGUGGUGCCGUUACUUUUCCUCAUGUACGAAGGCAGACAGGAACCAGCCAAGGUUGGCAUGAUCCACAUUUGUACUUUUAUCAUGUUGUUGUUGAGUGGUGAACGAGAUUUUGGUGUGAACCUCAACAAGCCCUUCAACAAUCACCUGCCGCUCGACUUGCCACCGUUUUCCGGCAAUCACGCAGACCUCCUGAUUGUUUGUUUGCACAAGAUUAUCGUGAGCGGCUAUGAGAAGCUUAACUCAGUGUACAAUUGUUUUCUCACCAUCAUUUGUAACAUCACGCCGUAUUGCAAGAGGCUUAAUAUGGUGUCAGCUGUGCGUUUGCUGCGCCUAUUCAAGCUUUUUGCGCAGCCACGAUACCUUUUUGAUAACGAAGCCAACCAUCAUUUGGUCUUCUUUUUGCUCGAGGCCUUUGACAACAUUAUCCAGUACCAAUACGAGGGUAACCAGCAAGUCGUGUACGCUAUGAUUCAGAACAAGAAUGUCUUUUAUCAGCUCAAUGACUUGCGACUUCCGCCCAUUCGGGCUUCAUCUGAAGGGAAGAAGCCGGUUGAGAAGGAUACCGACUGUACCGAGGAAGGAAAGGAACAGGACAGGGCUGCAGAUGGCGAGUUUGUUCCUACAGCCGAGUGGCUUGCUGCAUGGAAAAAGAAGCUGCCUUUGGCUACGAGCCUUCGACUCCUCCAGCAUCUCAUCCCACAACUAGAGGAUGCUUGUCGGAAGGCCGGGGGUAGUCUGGACGAAGAUGCGAUGCUAUACUUUCUGCGCACUACCACAAUGGUGGGUCUUCUGCCUGUGCCGCACCCUAUUGUGAUUAGGAAGUAUCAGAUCAACCAGUAUACUCACCUGUGGUUCACCACAUUCACGUGGGGUGUUAUCUUCCUUCGCAACCAGGUGCUGCCACUGUUUGACGGCGGUGCAAUCACGCUGUUCACCAUCAGUGUUCUAUAA